UUUUGGGAUUUGGGGGUUCCGGGUGUCACCCCGCGGGUCGGGCCCGCCUGGUUCUCGCACUCCCCAACCCGGAGGUGCCGAGGGUGCAGGGAGCCCUUUGCGUGCUGCUUUCACACGCUUCCGGGGCCGGGCAAACUCCCCCUUCAGGCCCUGCAGCCUCCAGGUCCUGCAGCUUCCCCCGGCCCCGAGCCCCUUCGCAGAGCCUGAAACUCUCCCCCAGGCAAUGCCCGACCCCGGGCCGUGCCGCCUCUUCUCGGGCACUACAACCUCCCGUCCAGGCCGUGUGACUCCCUCUUCAAGCUCUCAUCCCAUCCGGGCUGUGAAACCUUCCUAGACCCUGAAACCCCCCCAGGCCAUGGACCCUCGCCUUGAAGCCCAGAACCCCCACGCGGGCCAUAAACUCCUCCAUCGACCCUGUAACCUCCUCCCAGACCCUGAACCUUCCCACUUGGAGUCCUGAACUGCUCCCCCAAACGCUGUGAAUCCCCCUCACCCUGCAACCCCUUCCCAGACCCUGAAACCCCCAACCUGUGACUUCCCCACUGCUGGCCCUAAAACCUGCUUGAAGCUCUCAACCCCCCAAGGCCAUGAACCCCCUCGAGGCCUCCCUAACCCCCCUCCUCACCCAGCAACCUCCCCCCAGGCUGGGACCCUCCCCAAGCCGUGCACCCUCUCCCACCUCCAGGUUAUAAACCCCCCUUGCAGCCUGUAACACCCCCCAAAAGGCCUUUGGUUACUCCACUGACACCUGGGGGGCCAAAUUUGCUUCCCUGCGCCUUCAGGAGCCGCAUGGGGCAUCUGAAAUGGGUAAACCCAAGGCUGGUCCCUUUGCAGGUCACCAGAUUCCCCCCGAAUCUGCUGCAGGGUGCAGCACCAUGUUCGGCUCCUCCCGGGGCGGGGUCCGGGGGGGCCAGGACCAGUUCAGCUGGGAGGAUGUGAAGACGGACAAACAGCGUGAGAACUACCUGGGGAACUCCCUGAUGGCGCCGGUGGGCCGGUGGCAGAAGGGCAAGGACCUGACCUGGUAUGCCAAGGGCAAGCAGGACACGGCCCCCCCGUUAUCCCGGGAGGAAGAGCUGGCUGCCGUCCGCCUGGCUGAGCAGGAGGCCAUGAUGGCAGCACUGGGCUACAAGAACUUGAAGAGGCAGCCCACGGGCCUCAGCAAGGAGGACCUGGCUGAGGUGUGCAAGAGGGAUGGCGCCGAGCGGGACGAGAAGGACGUGGAUCGGGUGGUGGGUUUGGGCAGCUCCAGUGGCAGUGCUGGCCGGGUGAUGCUCUCCAAAGAGGACAAGGAGGCGGCCAAGAUGGGGCUCUCUGUCUUCACGCACCAGAAAGUCUCCAGCAGCCCAGAGACAUCUAGCUCCAAGAAGAAGCAGGAAAAGGAGGAGAAGGUGGAGGAGAAACGACCUGAGAGCAGCAAAAAAUCCAAAAAGGAGAAAAAGAAGGAGAAAAAGAACAAGAGAAAGAAGAAACAUAAAAAGGAGAAGAAGAAGGACAAGGACAAGCAUUCCAAGAAGGAUGCUGCCCCAUCAUCCUCCGAUUCUUCCCCGGAUCGGGAUAAGAGGCAGCACCGCAGGAACACGCGGCAGCACUCAGAGCCGUCGCGGCAGCACUCGGAGCCGUCGCGGCAGCACUCGGAGCCGUCGCGGCACGGCAGCCGGCGGCGGCACGGCACGGGCUCCUCGGCCAGCAGCGGGGAUUGCGGCCGGAGCCCCGCCCGCCGCCGCAGCCGGAGCAGGGACGGCCGCGGCCGCCACCCGUCCCCGCGGCGCAGGGGCAGGAAGAGGAGCAGGUCCCGGUCUCCCCCAGCCCGCGGGGUCCGGCAGCGCCACGACACCGACUCGGAGGACUGAGGGGGAGCCCGGGCUUGUUUCAGGGAGAUCUGCCGUAGAUUUAUAUUUUUUAAGGUGAUUAAAUUAAAAACGCCGCAGCUCCGCGGGCACCGGGGCAGAAUCUGGCAAAGGGCGUUAAGGUUGUGGUGCCAGCAGCGCCUUCCCUGCCCGCCCAGGGGCGGCAGCAGCAGGUGUGGGGGCAGCAGGGCCCCGGGCACCCUGCUCCUCGCUCCCUAGAUCCAUCCAUCCAUCCAUCCAUCCAGGCAGCACUGAGCACGGAGGAUGCUGUGGGCUGGGGGUUGGUGCUGGGGUGGUUCUGGCUGUGGUGCUGAAAAUGCUGUGGAUACCUCGUGUUUAUGUAUAGAGACUUUGGAAGAGAUUAUUAUUAUUAUUAUUAUUGUUUUUAUCAU